AUGAAGGGUGGUGUCGUCGUGCUUCUGGGCCUUGUGGUCGUCGGCGCUGUCGCCACCGACGCCAGGGCGGCCGGGCUGCCGGUGGUGCCGGCGAUGUUUGUGCUGGGGGCCUCGACGCUGGACGUGGGCAACAACAACCACCUGCCGGGGAAGGACGUGCCCAGGGCCGACCACCCCUUCUACGGCAUCGACUUCCCCGGCGGUGCCCGGGCAACCGGGAGGUUCAGCAACGGCUACAACAUCGCCGACUUCGUCGCGAGGCAGCUAGGGUUCGAGAGGAGCCCUCUUGCCUAUCUUGAGCUGAAAUCACGCAACUACCUCAUCCCCAGCGCUCUCAAGAGAGGAGUGAACUACGCUUCCGCCGGUGCUGGGAUCCUCGACUCCACUAACGUAGGAAAGAACAUCCCAUUGUCGAAGCAGGUGCGCUACUUCGCGUCCACCAAGGCUGAGAUGGAGACUGCAUGGGGCAGACAGGAGGUCUCCAAGCUACUUGCUAGCUCCUUCUUCCUCCUCAGCAUCGGCAACAAUGACCUCCUACAGUCGACACCAAAGUCUCAUGCUGAUGUCGUCGCACUCUACACCACCCUCGUCUCGAACUACUCAGCCGCCAUUACGGACCUCUACGGGAUGGGUGCGAGAAAGUUCGGGAUCAUCAACGCUGGUCCGGUGGGUUGUUUUCCGCGGGUGCGCUUGCUGAGUGCGACAGGGGCAUGCCACGAUGGCCUGAACCGCCUCGCUUUAGGGCUUGCCGCCACAUUCAAGUCAGGUCUCGCCACCGCCCUCACCCCGAACAGGCUGCCCGGCCUCAAGUACUCCCUCGCCGACUCCUUCGCUAGCUCAUGGGCCAUCUUCGACAACCCCCAAGAGAGCGGGUUUCAGAACGGUGAUAGCGCAUGUUGCGGCAGUGGUAGGCUGGGCGCAGAGGGUGACUGCAACAGAAACGCAACAUUGUGCAGCGACCGCGAUGCCUAUGCUUUCUGGGACUACGUGCACCCCAGCCAGCGGGCCGCCGAGUUGGGUGCCCAGGCACUCUUCGACGAUGGCCCGACCCAAAUCACCGCACCCAUCAGUUUCAAGCAGCUGGCCUACGAGAAAUGA